UUUUUUAUAAAAAUUAUCUCUUCAAUGAGUUCGAAAUCAGUGUCUUGUAAACAUCCAGUCCGUAUCAACGUUAAAAUAAAAUGUCGACUAACCAAAAACUGGCCCAAAAUGAAGAAAUUCAAGCUCCAGCUAGUUGGUACGGCUCCAGACACACUCAAGUCACCCUUUGCUUCCUUCUCCUGGCCAUAGCAUACGCGAUGCGAGUCAAUCUUUCAGUGGCAAUAGUUGCAAUGACUGACAAAAACACAACUUCAAAUCCCGACAUUCCCACUUACAACUGGGACGACAAAAGCGUGGUCCUCUCCUCCUUUUUCUGGGGCUAUGUCGUCCUCCAGGUGUUCGCAGGCCAAUUUGGCAAAAUGUAUGGCCCGCGAUGGUUCCUGGUCGUUGCCAUGACCGUAAACUCCAUCGUUUGCAUGCUGACACCCAUCGUUGCCGAUAAUUUGGGCUCGAAGGGAGUGAUGGGCUGUCGCGUGGUGCAAGGGCUAUUUCAAGGGUUCAUUUUCCCCUCGGUUCACAAUAUUUUAGGGAAAUGGGCACCGACGCCCGAACGAUCCCGAAUGGGCACGUUUGUCUAUUCGGGUUCGUCCUUCGGUACUAUCAUUGCUAUGCCCAUAACUGGGCUCAUUUCGGCGAGUUGGCUGGGCUGGCCGGUUAGUUUUUACGUUUUUGGCUGUUUUGGGCUACUUUGGGUUGGGUUGUGGCUGGGUUUGGGGGCGAAUAGCCCAGCUGAACAUCGCGGGAUUUCAGAGGAGGAAAGGUUUUACAUUGAGGCUACGUUGGGGCAACAGGAACAUAAAGUAGUACCAACACCGUGGAAGGCUAUUUUUACGUCAUGGCCCAUGUGGGCCAUAAUUGUGGCCAAUUUUGGACAAAACUGGGGAUAUUCAACGCUAUUGACCGAAAUUCCCAACUAUAUGAACAAGAUUAUGCACUUUGACAUGCAAUCAAAUAGUUUACUGUCAGCGGCCCCUUACCUGGCCCUUUGGGUCCUCAGUUUUGUUUUUGGGCCCAUUUCCGACCACCUCAUCAACCGCAAAAUUUUAUCGCGAGGUUCCGUCCGGAAAAUUUUCAACGCAAUUGGAACUUGUGGGCCUGCUUUAGCCCUUGUAGCGCUCGGUUUUGUGCCUGAGGACCAAACCGACCUAUCAGUGGCCCUUUUGAUCGUUGUGGUUGGCAUCAAUGCGGCCGUUUUUUGCGGCUUUCAAGUCAAUCACAUCGAUUUGGCCCCAAAUCAUGCCGGGACUUUGAUGGGCAUUACAAACGGGUCUUCGAACAUUUUCUCCAUUAUUGCACCGCUUGUGGUGCAAGUUGUGGUCUAUGACGAGACAGAUAAGGCCCUUUGGAGGAUUGUUUUUGUAAUUGCGGCAGCAUGGUAUGUGGCGUCGGCGAUUUUUUACAUUUUUUUCGCCUCUGGUGAGAUACAGGAGUGGAACGAUGAUGUAAAAGACGAAAGAAUGAAAAGUGAGGAGGAGGGGAAAGGUUAAUAAAUUAUUGCAAGUAAA